UCCAGCCGCCGGCCGCCAUUUUGGAGGAAAGUUUGGAAUUUCGGGCACAGAAGGGGGGGAGAGAGAGAGAGAGAGAUACUAAAAGAGGGUGGGGAGGAAGAGAGAGAGAGAACAAGACGGGGAGAAGUUCGGUUUGAGAGAGAGAAGAAGAAGAAGAAGAAGAAGUAGUAGUAGUAUUGGAGCUGACAACGGAUUUGCCGGAUCGAGGCGGGGGAGCGAGUUCAGACAAGUACUCCCCAAGAAAAACGCCGAGCAACCCGGCGGAAGGGGGUGGAUGAGUGGGAGACGGCGCGAAGGAUCGGAUUCAACUUUGCUUCUGUCAGACAGCGGGGCUUGGGUGUGAUUUGUGGCCGGGGUGUGGAGAGGGGAGUUGCAGGUCCUCCGCCCCAGCGUUAACCCCCCGAGUGUCCGCGGACGCGAGUGCUGGGCUGGGGGAGGUACGCACCGCCUAACUCCGCUCCUGGCUGGCUGACCCGACUGCGCAGGGGGGGCUGGAUUUCCCCCCCUUCUCCUUCUUUUCGCGUGGUGCCAAAGUUUCAGGAAACUCCCCGACCCAGGAUUGCACGCUCCCGUGUGCCUCCCCUGCAGCUCGCCCGCUGCCCAGAGUUUGCCGUUCCGGGCGCUGAACGAGGGGACCCCCACCCGUGUCCGUGUCCGGGUCCGGCGCGGAGCUCUUCAGAAACCCGAGACGCGAGGUGCGCAGGGCUCACCGGGGCUUCAUGCGAGCCCGGAUAAACUCUGCUCCUGGGAAGGGCGCUCGGCUGCACCGGAGGAUUGCUUUUCUUGGGAGAUUUUAAUUCCUGGGUUUUCGCCGGGCUCCGCUCCGCAGCGCCGGAACUGAACAUGCCAGUCAGGAAGAAAGAUGCACAGCGAGCGCUGCAGCUGCUGGAGCAGUACCGGGAGAAGCUGAGCCAGACCGAGGACCGCCAGCUCCGCCACUCCAUCGAGAGGGUCAUCACCAUCUUUCAGAGCAACCUCUUCCAGGCCCUCAUAGACAUCCAGGAAUUUUAUGAAGUGACCUUACUGGACAAUCAGAAAUGUGUCGAGCCCCCGAAGCCUGUAGAGCCCACGCCUCCGGUCAAUCUGUGGGAGUUUUCCAGCCUUCCGAGCACAACUGUGACUUCAGAAACCCUGCCCAGCAGCCUUAGCCCCAGCGUAGAGAAGUACCGGUACCAAGAUGAGGACACGCCUCCACAGGAGCACAGCUCGCCGCACCUGGCCAGCGAGGCGAAGGGGCCGGAGCUGGUGCACGUCUCGGAGAAGAACCUCUCGCAGAUCGAGAACGUGCACGGAUUCGUCUCGCACUCCCACAUCUCGCCCAUGAAGGUAGAAUCGCUGGAGUGCAUCUUCGAUGGCCCAUCAGCUUUAGGAAAUGACGAGAUACCUGCUUCUGCGCUGCCGGCCUUGUACAUACAAAACGGUUCGCUCUCCCAGGCAAAUCCUCCACCUGUAGUGGUGAAUACAGACAGUCUGGACACUCCUCCAUACGUGAAUGGAACAGAGGCAGACUAUGAAUAUGAGGAAAUCACGCUUGAACGGGGGAAUUCAGGCCUUGGUUUCAGUAUCGCAGGUGGUACAGAUAAUCCCCACAUUGGAGAUGAUCCCAGUAUCUUCAUCACGAAAAUCAUCGCGGGAGGCGCAGCUGCUCAGGACGGCAGGUUGCGGGUCAACGACUGCAUCUUGAGAGUCAAUGACGUUGACGUCCGAGAUGUCACCCACAGCAAAGCAGUGGAAGCCCUGAAAGAAGCCGGGUCGAUCGUCCGGCUGUACGUCCGCCGGCGGAAACCCGUCACGGAAAAAAUAGUGGAGAUCAAGCUUGUUAAAGGGCCUAAAGGUCUGGGCUUCAGCAUAGCUGGAGGUGUUGGGAACCAGCACAUUCCAGGGGACAACAGCAUCUACGUCACCAAAAUCAUCGAAGGCGGCACAGCUCAUAAAGAUGGGAAGCUUCAGAUAGGAGACAAACUUCUGGCCGUGAACAGCGCUUGCCUUGAGGAGGUGAGUCACGAAGACGCCGUGACAGCCUUGAAAAACACUCCGGAUGUUGUUUAUUUGAAAGUUGCAAAGCCAACCAGUGUCUUCAUGAACGACAGCUUCGCUCCCCCUGACAUCACCAACUCCUAUUCGCAGCACAUGGAGAACCACAUCAGCACCCCCAGUUACCUGGGACACGUGCUACCGCCAACAACCCCAGGGAGGUACUCCCCCAUCUCCAAAGGAAUGCUGGGAGAUGAAGAGAUGACAAGGGAGCCGAGAAAGGUGGUCCUGCACCGAGGGUCCACGGGCCUGGGCUUCAACAUCGUGGGGGGCGAGGAUGGCGAGGGCAUCUUCAUCUCCUUCAUCCUGGCAGGCGGGCCGGCCGACCUGUGCGGGGAGCUGCGGAAGGGAGACCGCAUCGUCUCGGUGAACGGGGUGGACCUGCGCAGCGCGACGCAUGAGCAGGCGGCCGCGGCGCUGAAGAACGCGGGACAGACCGUCACCAUCGUGGCGCAGUACAGGCCGGAGGAAUACAGUCGAUUUGAAGCCAAAAUCCAUGAUCUUCGAGAGCAGAUGAUGAACAGCAGCCUCAGCUCAGGGUCCGGUUCCCUGCGGACCAGCCAAAAGCGAUCCCUCUACGUCAGGGCCCUCUUCGACUACGACAAGACUAAGGACAGCGGGCUCCCCAGCCAGGGCCUCAACUUCAAGUUCGGGGACAUUCUGCAUGUCAUCAACGCCUCGGACGACGAGUGGUGGCAGGCCAGGCAGGUGACGCCAGAUGGCGAGAUCGAGGAGGUUGGCGUCAUCCCGAGCAAGCGCAGGGUGGAGAAGAAGGAAAGAGCGAGGCUGAAGACGGUGAAAUUCAAUUCCAAGUCCAGAGACAAAGGGUCAUUCAAUGACAAGCGUAAAAAGAACCUCUUUUCCCGAAAGUUCCCUUUCUACAAGAACAAGGACCAGAGCGAGCAGGAAACGAGUGAUCUCGACCAGCAUGUAACCUCUAAUGCCAGCGAUAGUGAAAGUAGUUACCGUGGACAGGAGGAAUACGUGCUGUCGUAUGAAUCAGUCGUCCAGCAGGAAGUGAACUACACCCGUCCAGUGAUUGUGCUGGGUCCCAUGAAAGACAGAAUAAACGACGACCUUAUCUCUGAGUUCCCCGAUAAAUUUGGAUCCUGCGUCCCACACACAACCAGACCAAAGCGCGACUACGAGGUCGACGGGAGGGACUACCACUUCGUGACGUCGCGAGAGCAGAUGGAGAAGGACAUUCAGGAUCACAAGUUCAUCGAAGCCGGCCAGUACAACAACCACCUGUACGGCACCAGCGUCCAGUCGGUGCGGGAGGUGGCAGAAAAGGGCAAGCACUGCAUCCUGGAUGUGUCUGGCAAUGCCAUCAAGAGGCUGCAGAUUGCACAGUUGUAUCCAAUUGCUGUUUUCAUUAAACCAAAAUCGGUGGAAAAUAUAAUGGAGAUGAACAAGAGGCUGACGGAGGAGCAGGGCCGCAAGACCUUCGACCGAGCCACCAAGCUGGAGCAGGAGUUCACCGAGCACUUCACAGCUAUCGUGCAAGGGGACACUCUGGAGGAGAUCUACAACCAGGUUAAACAAAUCAUCGAGGAACAGUCUGGGUCCUUCAUCUGGGUACCAGCAAAGGAAAAAUUAUGAAGAAGCUGAUAUUUUAUCUCCAGUUUUUUCCUUUCGUUUUUUUUUUGUUAACCAACCUGGCCUGCUGCGCUUGACGGCUUCUUUCCUUGUUCUUCGGGAGCCUCCCCCUACCCUCCUGCCCCCCCCCCCAGCCGCACGUGUCAUUGGGGUCAUGACCCCCCAUUGCCUCCUGGUUUCCCCUCGGAGCCUCGUUCUCCCAUCGGGACUGUGGAGAGCAUCUGGACGGGUCAGCAGCUUGGGGCGGACAAGCCCUCACCAGCUACAAGACAAGGGGGUCUCAUGGUACAGUUCCUUAAUGUUUAAGGGAGGUGACAGUCUGCAAAAUGUUUAGAGAUGCAUAUAUAUAUAUAAUUAUUUUCUUUGUUUUUUUUUCCAUUAAUAAAAGGAAGGAAAUGCAGUCUCAUUUAUUGGCUCAUAAAGAAAAAGCAAGCAAUCACUUUGCACGGUAUAGCUUUAACAGCAUGCUUCUGUUUGUUUUUUUUGUUGUUCAUAGUAGAUCUUAGUUCCUGUGAUCUAAUUUCUGCAGGAUCAUCAUUAAUCAAAGCUUUUAUUUUUUUUCCCAUCUGACCUUUAUUGUAUUUAAAUUCAUAACCUCUUCGAUAGGCCGUGCUCUAGGGGGGCCCUUCGGUUUUUGUCGGUACAACUGCACAAAGAGGAAAAGCUGCGUGUUGGCUCUGUGUGCGAAUGUCUGAGUGGGUUCUGCUUACACUUAUGGGUGUCUGAUCAUUUACAAACUCUGCUUUUGUCUCGCUGGUCUUUGAUGGUAGUUUAAAUCAUGUAUAGGUGCUCGAGAGAGAGUUCUUAAAGAACAAGGAACAGCUGAUUGUAAUUGAUGUCACACUUUUUUUAAAGGAAGGCACGGUGUCCAUAAAAUAUAGGCUAAAUGCCGAUGCAAAAAGAAUUUAUUGUACACUGAGAUUUUAACAGAUGUUUAACCCUCGGUAAACUGCCUAUUUUGUUAUAAUAAAAGACUUAUAUUGAACUUUACUUAAACACUAUAACUAUGGGAAUUAUUUUCUUUACAUUGUUAAACAUAUAUAAAUAUAUAUAUUUUCCUUUACUUUUACCACCAACUCCUUUGUCGUUUCAUUUCCUUUUUAUGCCUAAAUGUCGAGGAAAAACCAUUCUGAGAAAUCUGCUGCAGGGGUGUGGUGGUGGGGCAAAACUAUUUGGUACAACGCAAUCGCGGAUUAAAGGAAACCACAGCAGCUCGGUCUCCUCUCUCUCCCCUCCAUGUGACUUCUGUGUGAGGUUUUUCAUGUGACGUGCAUGGUUUUUAAGCAAUAGUCUUUAUUUAAAAAAAUGAAGAAAAACGAGAAAAAAAAUAUCCAACUUAUUUCUGUAUGUUUUCACCUGGGAUUGCAAAUGUCAUAUCUUCUAAUGUAGCUCCGCAUCGGGAUGUACAGGCUUCUUGUGUGGAAAGAUUAUAUAACUAUAUUUUAACAAGUCAGAAUAUGUUGUUCUUUAAUAUAAAAAGCCUUUAAUCCUAACACCAUAGGAGCAUUGCCUGAUUAACCUUUUGCUCAUUUUCAUGUUCUACGGAGACGAUUGUUUUAUAUAAGACGGCUUAUUAACAACUUUCAUUACAGCUUUCUAAGUCAUUCUGGGACUGGAAUAUGUAAAUAACUGCCAACCUUAUUCAUUCCAUUUGUCAAAAAGAGGAGAUCGGCUAAUAAACUCUGUCAUACAACUUA